AAAAAUUAAUUUCCCGUCGCCACCAUUGCGACGAGAUCGCGAGAAGUGUUUUUGUGUGAAAAUUCGUCGUUUUCGACGACAGGGAGUUUCCUGCUCCCGAAAGUUGCCCGUUUAACUUUCCGAUUACCCUUUCGGCGUUGAAAAUUCGAGAGAAAUACUGUGUGAUUGAGUAUUUUUCUUGUUUAGUGAUUUUAUAAAACAUGGCUUUUUAAAAUGUCUGCUUCGAAUCUGCGUAUUGCCACUCCAUGUGGAGGAGCUCAACUCUCCCAACAAUUAGCUAAUUUUAAGACUGGAGGACGUUGGUAUGGAGAAAAAAGGGAGUCGUUCAGUUCAGCCUGCUUCCAAGGGGCUGACUUCUGACUCCAAAAAAAGUCAAGAUGGUGCCAGUGGUAAAUUGUGGCCCCGGUCCGGGCGCCGCAGGGAGCCUGCUGGCGGCAGCCUGGCGUCAAAAAACGAAUCAUCGCGUAAACCCACCCCACAACGUACUGUUAAAAAUUUCGAUAUUAAAAGACCUAGGCCGAGGGGAACCCUCAACACCGGUUCUACUAUGGGUCGAACGGAGACAACCCGGCUAGAAGAGGACUUUGAAGCUGAAUUGGGUUCAGUUUUUCUACCAGGCAGUAAAAAACAAAGCCUUAAUCAUUUGCUAAAUUUCGUUUAUGUAACUCCUACGAGAGAAGGACGUUACCAGUCUGAGAGAGGGUCUAGCAAUAAGAACUCCAAUCGUUUGAUCCUCACCAAGAAGCAUAAAUACAACAAAGAGCACUUCCUACAAGCAAAUUGUCAAUUUGUUGUGAAUUCUUCGGGUGACUACAAGCAAUACAUGAACAACCCUGAUGCCUUAGUUGAUUGGAGUCUAAUUGAGCAAGUGAAUGUCCAAGUGUCUGAUUACCCAUCGUGCCCAAUAUGUCUUUAUCCUCCGGUUGCUGCCAAAAUGACGAGGUGUGGUCAUAUUUACUGCUGGUCUUGCGUUCUCCAUUAUUUGUCCCUGUCUGAUAAAACUUGGCGCAAAUGUCCUAUAUGUUACGAGUCCGUUUACAAACAGGAUCUAAAAAGUGUCACUAGCAAACAUUAUAAAACUUUUAACGUUGAUAACGUUAUAACUUUUAAAUUAAUGAAACGUGUCAAAGGAUCCCUGGUUACUUAUCCUGCCGCUGCAACAGUACGCGAAGAGAAAAUUUUCAAUCUCUCGGACGCAGAAAACGACGUUUAUUCUAAAUUACUUGUUGCCAAUCAACUAGAGGUCUUGUCAAUUAUUGAUCGAGAAAAUAACGAAUUGAAGGCACAACUAAUAGAAAACGGCGAGUGUCCAGAGAAUUGUUUUAUUGAGGAAGCGUUGCGUCUACUAGAUGAACGUAGGAAUGCAGUGUUAAGGAAUUUCGAACCAGGCACGAAUUUCCUAGAUGAAAAUAAAGCAUGCGAGUUGAAUAAAGAUGCGGAGAAUUUUAAUGAGAAUUUAGCCAUCGCAGACAACACUGAUGCGCCUUUUGAAGGCAUUAGCAGCAACAACGUGGAACGCGAAAAUUUGGACAUAUCGACCACUACUCAGCAAUCAAAAUUCCACUACUUUUAUCAAGCUUCCGACGGUCAACAUAUCUAUCUCCACGCUAUCAAUGCAAGGAUGCUUGAACAUACUUAUGGGUCCUUAGAACAUAGUCCUGAAACAAUAACUGGCAAAAUUCUUGAGAAAGAGGGAGGAUCAAUGACAGAAGAACUAAGAAAACGGCUGAGAUAUUUGCAACAUUUGCCGGUAACUUGUCAGUUUGAGGUGGCUGAAAUCCAGCUAAAACAACCUAUUGUAUCCAAAGAGACUCUUCAACACUUCAGUGAACAAAUCGACGUACGUAAGAAGCGGCGCCAACGUCGAGCCCGGGAAGAAAAGCGUCGUGAAAAGAAGAUCGCAGAUGAAGAAAAUAGGUUACUGGGUAGAUACCCCACCGCAAAUAUUCAUUUGGAAUCACAAGACCAAUUUCCAUGUUUUGAUGGACGAGUGAGAACCGAGUCCGAAUGUACCCAACCCAGCGAAGGAAGUUUGCCUGAAAUUGCAACACCGCCGAAUAGCCUCAACGCCGAACAAGAACAUGCGGGACCUUCUUUUGCCAAGAUGUUGGCAAGUGCCAAAAAACCAGAAACUAUUAAAUGGCCCGCUCUGAAAACUUCAACAGUUCCAACUAAAUUAAUUAACGUAACGGGCCAAAAAGUGUCUAGUUGUUUCAAUGGGGUUCGCAUUAACAAAAGCGACAGUGAGCCGGAUUUGGAGGAAUUGGAACCUAUUCCACCUAGUACUAGUCUGGGAGACGCAAUAGUGAAAGCUCUUCAAAAAGCUGAAGUGAACGAUAUGUUCCACGACCCUGGUGCGGUACCUUCCGGGAAAAAGAAAAAAAUCAAGAACAGACAAAAGGUUCUAUUUACUACAACUCUUGCUUAUACAGGAAAAUAACUAGGUGUAUUAACACAUUUUAUUUUGUUAACAUUCUGUGCAUAAAUUCAUUUUUUGCUUUUUUCGUUUUAUGUAUUUGGUCAGUCAUUGUAGUGUUAUUUUUCAUUGUAACCCAUAACUCGUGGACAAUAUUAAACCAACCAGUGAUAAUCUGCAGUUAAGUAAGACUGAAGUUGUCAAUUAAAUCAGUCUUAAAGCGUGGAUACUAGGCAAAUUAUAAUGUCCAGGGUAUUCAAAGGGUUAGUUGUUUUAUAUGAUUAUUUUAUGAAAUGAUGAAUAGAAGUUAUAUAAAAGUGAAA